GGCUAAGGGAGGUCACACACAAUCCAAGAAACAACAGACAAAACAAAAUUCUUAAAAUUGUAACGAAAAAAAUCAAAGGACAGCAAGUACAAAUAGGGUAGAAAGGCAGAGCUUGGACUAGGCAAAGAUGAAAUGCAAUUGUGCAGACGGCGGUUUUCUUUUGAAUUUUUAAUGAAAUUUAUGCAUGUUCACAGUUAAUUUAGUUUAGGUAGAGGUGUUGGGAAUGGAGGAGGACGGCCCAACUCAAUUCAUUCACAUUUGGAAUGUCUUGGUUCUGCAGUCUUAACACUAGACGACAAGCAGAAAGAAGCUCAAGCGUGCAGGAAAAACUGGAUGAAAUUUGAUGGGUAAAACAUGAGGCAGAAGAAGGUUCAGUUUGUGGGCCGGUUUGUCGAGGUUGCUGGAUGUUAUUGUUGAGAUGGGUAGCAUGAAAACCGUGGAUUAUUGUUAGCAAGACACCUCGUUGUUUCAGGAACAAAAAUGAUUACUAUAUGCAAACAAUCAGCUGAAUAAAUGAUUUCCAGGUGAAUGGAACUCCGAUAUUUUGAAGGAAUAUUGGACAAGUAACCAGCCACCGAUUUCAGAUUUCAGAAUACAUUUAUCUUUACACCAACACCGAGGAUUUCAUUUUGGCACCUGCUUUUGGUCUCAGAAGUCAUAAAUCAUUAGCCCUGUCUUGGGAGCCUUUUCAAAUAGUAGCAUCCAGAGUACUUGAGAAUUGUGUCUUAAUAACCGUAUAGCUGAAGAGGAGAGAUCCUUCUGUGGCAUGUUGUGGCUUGUGCUGAUUUCUCUUUUGAGGAUAAGAUUCUUCUGGCCUACAAUAUGGUGAGGCAGGUGGUUCAAGUGGAUCAUGAAUCUCAGAGAUUUGUAGAAGCAGCCCACAGAGGAGAUGUCAUGGUUGUGGCUGAUUGCCUUGCUAAUCCUCUUGUGGAUGUAAAUUACAGAGGUACUGUUAGCUUCCGGGUGAAGUCCACAGAUAUUAUUCAUCACGAGGAAGCACCAGACGAAGUAAAAUUUGGUUAUGAGGAGUUUAAAACUGAUGUUACAGCCCUUUUUGUAGCUGCUCAUGCAGGGCGUGUUGACCUUAUACGCAGACUUCUGUCAGCUGGUGCAGAUGUCAACCAGAAACUAUUCAGAGGUUAUGCAACAACAGCAGCUGCUCGAGAAGGUCACCAUCAAGUCUUGGGUAUGCUAUUGAAGGCAGGAGCUUCUCAGCCAGCUUGUGAGGAUGCCUUGUUGGAAGCAUGCCGUUAUGGUCAGACUAAAUCUGCUGAGCUACUGAUCAGUUCAGAAAUGAUCAGGCCAGCUGUCUCUGUACAUGCUUUAGUAUAUGCUUGCUGCCGAGGAUUUGUUGACAUCGUUGCCACAUUAACCAAGAGUGGAGUGGAUGCAAAUUCAUGGGAUAGGACGUUGUUGCGUUCUGCCAAGCCUGCUUUAUAUGUGAAUGUUAACUGCACGCCACUGUUUGCUGCUAUUGUUAGCCGACAAGCUUCUGUAGUAAGACAUCUGUUGGAGGUGGGCGUAAAAACAGACUGUAAUGUGAGCCUUGGAGCAUGGUCCUGGGAUACAAAUUCAGGUGAAGAGUUGCGUGUUGGGGCAGGUCUAGCAGAACCAUAUAAUGAAGCAUGGUGUGCUGUUGAAUACUAUGAGGCAAGUGGCACUAUUAUUAGAUUGCUACUGCAACGCUUAAGCCCUGAUAGUGAGCAUAGAGGAAGAACAUUAAUUUGUCAUGCAAUCCUUUUCCGCAAUGCAAGGGCUGUUCAGGUGCUUUUAGAUGCUGGAGCUAAUGCUGACUUUUGUGUAAGAUUGACAAAUGGACAUGAAUUUCGACCUCUUCACAUGGCAUCUAGAAUGGGUUAUCUUGUUAUUUUAAAGCAGUUGAUAGAACAUGGAUGUGAUUUGAAUGCAAGGACAGAAAGCGGUGAAACUGCACUUAUGCUGAGCAUAAAAUCUAACCAUCUAGAAUGCUUCAGAGAGUUGUUAUUUUCAGGGGCUGAUUUAGCAAUAGUAAAUUUGGCAGGACAGAAUGCAGUAAACAUGGCAGAAACAAACAAUUGUAUUUUGUCUAUAUAUCAAAUUGUUUCAGAAGCAAUAAGAGCUGGGAAAAAACUGUACUCCAGCAAUUUCCAACUUUUUUCUCCACUUCAUUUUGUGGCAGGCUUUGGCGAUGGUAUGGUUGUUCAGAAGCUUAUAAAACAACCAGGGUUAAGCUUGAAUGAACAGGAUAAGAAUGGCUUUUCUGCUGCAAUGAUUGCUGUAAAAGAGGGUCAUAUUGAGGUUUUUAAAGUGCUUGUUUUUGCUGGAGCUGAUUUAGGGCUGAAGAAUAAGAAGGGGGAGACAGCCAUUAGCUUAUAUCUUACCCAUGGGAAAAGAGACCAUUUUGAGAAGGUUAUGUUGGAUGCUACCCUGGCAAAUUGCUUAAAAGGAGAGGGGUUUAAAGCUCUUCAUUAUGCUGCACGGAGAGGGAAUCUAGAGGCUAUAGGGCAACUUCUGAAAAGAGGAUAUUCUGUCAACAAUUUUGAUGAGGCUGGUUACACCCCUUUAAUGCUUGCUGCAAGAGAAGGCCAUGCGGAUGCUUGCAAGAUCCUGGUUCUUGGGGGAGCUGAUUGCAGUAUUGUGAACCACAAAGGUGAAACUGCAUUGCUGCUUGCCAGGAGAAAUGGUUUAUCAAAAAUUGCAGAGGGUGUCAUAUUGGAUCAUCUUGCAAGGAAGUUUGUACUCGCAGGUGAUCAACUCAACAAGCAUACAAGGCAGGGAAAAGGCUCCCCUCAUAUGAAAAUGGUCCGCAUGCUUAAAUCUGGUAUGUUUUCAUGGGGAAAAUCACGAAGAAGAAAUGUUAUCAUCAGGGAAGCUAUUUUGGGACCUAGUCCUACAUUUCGUAAGAAUCGUCGCAAAGAUGAUGUUAAUAAGGGUGGAAUAUUUAGAAUUGUCACUGUGAAGAAAAAAGAGUUUCACUUUGUAGCAAGAAAUGAUGCAAAUGCUGAGCUUUGGGUUCGUGGGAUAAAUUUGAUUACAAAAGAAGUGUUUGCCUCAAAUGGACCUGGAGCUGGGAAGUAAACAGUCAAUUAUACUUAAAUGCCGAUAUGAUUUUUUUAAUCUGAAGCACACCACACUUCAGCAAGAUCCAAAUUUGGGUCAAAAAUCAGCUGUACGAAAACAGUUUUGUGAAGUUAGAUGGUCUAAGCCUUCUGUUGUCAUGGUACUAUGACACGACUAAUAAAUUUCCUGCAGUUCAGCCAUUUGAGUAUUCCAAGUUAAAUAUCAAAAGAUAUUUAUAAGAGGUAAAGGGCACAUGAUAUGCAUUGGAAGUGUGAUAUUCUGUCUUUUUACUAUCAACCUGUGGAAUUCAUCAAAUCUUACAGAUGUGGAGAUAUCCAUCGUAUUGGCUCAACUCUGCUAAUGGGUGUCAAAGAAACCAGGACAACUGUCAAGUUCAUUAUUUAUGUGAUAAAACUUGUAAAGAUAUCAGUGUGUAAGAAAUACCAAGAUUUUGGUCACUCAACUUGAGUUAUUUAAUCAAA